GCUCUGGCAGCAGAUCUGGAGCCUCCUUGCUUUGGAGUGGUUCUUCGAUACCGCUGCUGCUUGCUUCCCAGCAAACUGGGAAGCGGUGGGAGAGAAGGCAAGCCCCAGGACGACGACGAGAGCCAUGCCUCUGAGCAGCGCCUUCAGGGCUGUGGGCAACGACCCUGGGAUCAUCACCUGGAGAAUCGAGAAAAUGGAGCUGGCGCUGGUGCCCCUGAGUGCCCAUGGCAACUUCUACGAGGGGGACUGCUACGUCAUCCUCUCGACCCGGAGAGUGGGUGGUCUCCUCUCCCAGGACAUCCACUUCUGGAUCGGGAAGGACUCCUCUCUGGAUGAGCAGAGCUGCGCGGCCAUCUACACCACACAGCUGGACGACUACCUGGGGGGCAGCCCCGUGCAGCACCGAGAGGUCCAGUACCACGAGUCCGACACCUUCCGCGGCUACUUCAAGCAGGGUAUCAUCUACAAGAAGGGGGGUGUGGCCUCUGGGAUGAAGCACGUGGAGACCAACACCUACGACGUGAAGCGGCUGUUACACGUGAAGGGGAAGAGAAACAUAAGGGCCACUGAGGUGGAAAUGAGCUGGGACAGUUUUAACCGAGGUGAUGUCUUCUUGCUGGACCUUGGGAAGGUAAUCAUCCAGUGGAAUGGCCCAGAGAGCAACAGCGGGGAGCGCCUAAAGGCUAUGCUUCUGGCAAAAGAUAUUCGGGACAGGGAGCGAGGGGGCCGUGCUGAAAUCGGCGUGAUCGAGGGAGACAAGGAGGCAGCGAGCCCAGAGCUGAUGAAGGUCCUUCAGGACACCCUCGGCCGACGUUCUAUUAUCCAGCCUGCGGUCCCGGAUGAGAUCAUAGAUCAGCAGCAGAAAUCAAACAUCGUGUUAUAUCAUGUCUCGGACUCAGAUGGGCAGCUGGCGGUCAGCGAGGUAGCAAAGAGGCCUCUGGUCCAGGAUUUACUGAACCACGAUGACUGCUACAUCCUGGACCAGAGUGGGUCCAAGAUCUACGUGUGGAAAGGAAGAGGAGCCACAAAAGUUGAGAAACAGAUGUCUAUGUCUACAGCCCUGAACUUCAUCAAGUUGAAGGGCUACCCCAGCAGCACCAACGUGGAGACGGUCAACGAUGGCGCUGAGUCGGCCAUGUUCAAGCAGCUGUUUCAGAAGUGGACCGUGAAGGAGCAGACCACAGGCCUGGGGAAAACAUUCAGCAUUGGUAAAAUCGCUAAAGUUUUCCAGGAUAAAUUUGAUGUGACUCUGCUGCACACCAAACCAGAGGUAGCUGCCCAGGAAAGAAUGGUGGAUAAUGGCGAUGGAAAAGUUGAGGUCUGGAGAAUUGAAAACCUGGAGCUGGUUCCCGUGGAGCAGGAGUGGUAUGGCUUCUUUUAUGGGGGAGACUGCUACCUGGCUCUCUACACAUAUGAGGUUUACGGGAAGCUGCGUUACAUCCUGUACAUCUGGCAGGGCCGCCACGCCUCACAGGACGAGCUGGCAGCCUCGGCAUACCAGGCGGUGGAGGUGGAUCAGAAGUUGGACGGGGCCCCUGUGCAGGUUCGGGUUACCAUGGGGAAGGAACCACGCCACUUCAUGGCCAUCUUCAAAGGAAAGCUGGUUAUUUUUGAGGGUGGGACUUCCCGGAAGGGAAAUGCAGAGCCUGAACCUCCAGUAAGGCUCUUCCAGAUUCAAGGAAAUGAGAAAUCUAACACCAAGGCAGUAGAGGUUUCAGCCUUAGCCUCCUCCCUGAACUCCAAUGACGUCUUUCUGCUGCGGACCCAGGCAGAGCACUACCUGUGGUAUGGCAAGGGCUCUAGCGGGGAUGAGCGGGCCAUGGCUAAGGAACUGGCCAGGCUUCUCUGUAAUGGCACCGAGGACACUGUGGCUGAGGGCCAGGAGCCCCCAGAGUUCUGGGACCUGCUAGGAGGGAAAACUCCCUAUGCCAGUAACAAAAGACUACAGCAGGAAAUCCUAGAUGUCCAGUCCCGUCUCUUUGAAUGUUCCAAUAAGACCGGCCGUUUCACUGUCACUGAGAUCACAGACUUUACCCAGGAUGACCUGAACCCAGACGAUGUGAUGCUCCUGGAUACCUGGGACCAGGUGUUCUUGUGGAUUGGGGCUGAAGCCAAUGCCACAGAGAAGCGGAGGGCCCUUGCUACAGCCCAGGAGUACCUGCACACGCACCCCGGUGGCCGAGACCCCGAUACACCGAUCCUGAUCAUUAAACAGGGGUUCGAGCCUCCCAUCUUCACAGGCUGGUUCUUGGCCUGGGACUCUCAUCUUUGGAGCGCAGGGAAAUCAUAUGAACAGUUAAAAGAAGAGCUGGGAGACGCUGCUGCUAUCACAAGAAUCACUGCUGACAUGAGGAAUACAGCUCUCUCCCUGAAUUCUGAGAUAAACUGUUACCCUGUAGAAGUUCUAUUGAAAAGUCAGAAUCAAGAGUUGCCCGAGGAUGUGGACCCUGCCAAAAAGGAAGACUACCUCUCUGAACAGGACUUUGUUUCUGUGUUUGGAAUCACACGAAAGCAGUUUGCUGCUCUGCCUGGCUGGAAACAGCUCCAAAUGAAGAAAGAGAAGGGGCUUUUCUAAGGCGAGAUAGCAUGCACCUGGACCUACUCCAAGACCACAGGACAGAGUCGACAGUUGCCAAUAUCGGGAAAGAGUUUAUCUGCCAAUUGUUGCCUAACAUUCAGCUGCUUAAUUUAGACAAGUAGGGUCUGAAAUCACAGCAUGUUCUCCAUUUUUCUCAGCCCUGUAUUCCUUAUAUUUUAUACACCUAAAACACUAAUUAUCCAUUUUGAUUUUUGUGGCUUUCUGGCUAAAGCCUUAGCAGAAAGCUCAUGAAAACUACAUGAAUCUAGAGAAGUCAAAAGUAAGAGGACAAAAAAGAAAAGUUUACAUAUCCUUGAGUGAGGAUUUAAAAAAAAACAUAAAAACAGCAAUAACAACAAAAACACACUAAGUUUAAAGUGUUUAAUAUUAGGGCAAAAACCUAAGUUUUCAAUUUGAAAGAAUGGUAUUUCCAAAACCUAUUUAACCUACAAAUCACUGAAGUGAAUCACAUGUAUAUUCCAAAGCCAAAAUCCAAAUGCCCAGAUCUGUAUGUGUCAGAGCUUUUUAACUCUUCAAAUAAAGAUACCUGUAUGAGCAAAAGGGAGUAUUUUCCAGCAUUAGAAGUGUGCCUAUUGUAGUAAUUUUUUGAUGUACUGUGGGAAGAAAUGUCUCAGUACUAGGGGAGUAAACAGGCACUACUGAGUGAGCUCUCUGGAAAACGGGACCAUUGUAAUUCCUGUUUCUGGCACAAGAAUGCCAAAAUCUGC